AUGUCAUUUCGUGUAUUAGAUUUGGUUACACCAUUUGCUGCUUAUUUACCUGAAGUUCAACAACCUGAACGUAAGGUUCAAUUUCAACAAAAGGUAAUGUGGACUGGUAUAACAUUACUUAUAUUCCUUGUUAUGAGUGAAAUCCCACUUUAUGGUAUUGUAAGUUCAGACCUGUCAGAUCCCUUAUUAUGGUUAAGAAUGAUGUUAGCUUCAAAUAGAGGUACUUUAAUGGAAUUAGGUAUUUCACCUGUUGUUUCAGCAGGUAUGGUUUUUCAAUUAUUAUCAGGUAUUAAAAUCAUUAAUGUUGAUAUGACCAAUAAAGCUGAUAGAGAUCAAUAUCAAAUGGCUCAAAAAUUAUUUGCUAUCUUAUUAAGUGUUGGUCAAGCAACUGUUUAUGUUUUAACUGGAAUGUAUGGACCAACCUCAUCAUUAGGUUUUGCUGUUUGUUUAUUAUUAAUCUUACAAUUAGUUUUCGCUAGUAUCAUUGUUAUCUUAUUAGAUGAAUUAUUACAAAAAGGUUAUGGUUUAGGUUCAGGUAUCUCAUUAUUUACUGCUACUAAUGUUUGUGAACAAGUAUUUUGGAAAACUUUUGCCCCAACUACUACUAAUAUUGGUAAAGGUGUUCAAUUUGAUGGUGCUUUAGUUUCUUUAGUUCAUUUAUUAGGUUCAAGAAAAGAUAAAAAGAGAGCUUUAUUAGAAGCUUUUUACAGACCAAAUGCUCCAAAUAUGUUACAAUUAAUUGCUACUAUUAUGGUUUUCUUUGCUGUCGUCUACUUACAAGGUUUCAGAAUUGAAUUACCUGUUAAAUCUACUAGACAAAGAGGUCCUUAUGGUUUAUAUCCAAUCAGAUUAUUCUAUACUUCAAAUAUUCCAAUUAUGUUACAAAGUGCUUUAACUUCAAAUAUUUUCUUAAUUUCCCAAUUUUUAUACAUGAGAUGGCCAGAAAAUAUCAUUGUCAAAUUAUUAGGAGUUUGGGAUACUAAAUAUCAAACCAGUCAAUUAUAUGCUGUUAAUGGUUUAUCAUAUUAUGUUCAACCACCAACUUCAUUUUCAGAAGCUGCUUUAGAUCCAAUUAAAACUGUUAUCUAUAUUACUUUCGUUUUAGGUUCUUGUGCAAUUUUCUCCACCACUUGGAUUGAAAUUUCUGGUUCAUCUCCUCGUGAUGUUGCUAAACAAUUUAAAGAACAAGGUCUUGUAAUUGCUGGUCAUAGAGAUACUAGUGCUUAUAAAGAAUUGAAAAAAAUCAUUCCAACUGCUGCCGCUUUUGGUGGUGCUUGUAUUGGUGCUUUAUCUGUCGUUUGUGACUUGAUGGGUACUUUAGGUAGUGGUACUUCAAUUUUAUUAGCUGUUACUACUAUUUAUGGAUAUUUUGAAAUCGCCGUUAAAGAAGGUGGUUUAAAUAAAAACUUGGUUGCUGGUUUUAGUGAUGGUAUGUAA